AGGACUACGACUACGCUGAAAGCUAUCGAGCAUCAAGAAAUAUAACGGAAUUAACCAACCCCUUCUCUUUUGGAUACUGGAUGUAGCUAUUUUUAAAGUUGUUUUUUUACGGGAAGUGUUGACACCAAAGUAGACGAGAAACGACAUUUUAAAUCCUUGUUGAGAGGAGCUCCAACUUGGUCGAAGCGUCAAAUGCUGUAACUGUGAAACGGAAGUGACUUGCCAGCUGUCUGUCUGGCUAAGCUUGCUAGUGUCUGAAUGCCAUCUCUGUGGGUGAUGGAGUUGAGCAGGCAACUCUGCGGGAAGAUGAGGAGAUCUACCAGGAAGGCCCAACUCUCCUCCUCUCCUACUUCCUCCUGGGGCCUGGAGAUCCACUUUUACACAUUGGAAAUACACCAGCUCGAGUUCUUCAAAGGAUGCUACACUGCGGAGGAGCUCUGUGUGGAAGCCGCCAAGAAAUGCUCAAUCUCUCCUUUGUGCCAUAACCUGUUUUCCCUGUACAAUGAGACGACAGGCAUGUGGUAUCCUCCCAACUACGAGUUCAAGAUCACAGAUGAGACCAGUUUGAAGCUGCACUAUCGAAUGAGGUUUUAUUUCAGAAACUGGCACGGCACCACCGAAGGAGAGUCUCCUGUUUGGAGACACUGCAUCAACAAACUUAGAGGAGGCCUUAGUUCACCGAAAACCCCUGAAGGAACACCUCUACUGGACGCUGCAUCGCUGGAUUACCUUUUUGCCCAGGGCCAGCAUGACUUUCAGACGGGUGUGGUUCCACUGAGAAUGUCCCAGUCUGAGGCAGAGCAGCACGAGAUAGAGAAUGAGUGUUUGGGCAUGGCUGUGCUUGCCAUCACCCACUAUGCCAUGAACAUGGAUAUGCCCCUGCCCACUGCUUCUCAGGAAAUCAACUAUAAACGUUUCAUCCCAGAGAUGCUGAAAAGUAACAUCAAGAAGCGCAACAUUCUUACGCGCAUCCGCAUCAACAACGUCUUCAAGAAAUUCCUCAGUGAAUUCAACCGCCGCACAGUCAAGGACAGCAACAUCACACCGUACGACCUGAAGAUUAAGUACCUGGCCACACUGGAGGGUCUGACCAGCGGCCUGGGCAGUGAGCUGCUAGAGCCCAUCUCGCUUAGUGUAAUAAAGGAAGGAGACCUCUGCAAUGGAGGAUACAAUGGUUACAACAUCCAGAGCCAGGGGCAGAGCCAGACUCAGACCUUAGAGACAAGCCGGGACAUGCAGGUCCUAGUUUCUGGUACUACUGGCAUUUCCUGGAGGAAGAAGCCUGUUGCAACUGCUGUGAUCGCCAAAGAAAAGGCCAAGCCAAAGAAGAACAAGCUAGAUGGAAAAAAUAAAAAGAAAGAGAUAGAUGAAGGCUGGGUGGUGUUCUGUGACUUCCAUGAGAUCACACACACUGUCAUCAAAGAGGCAACAGUCACCAUCUAUAGACAAGACAACAAGAGGAUGGAGCUGCAAAUGGCUUCUCGAGAUGGGGCUCUGUCCUUUGCAGCCCUUGUGGACGGAUACUUCAGGCUGACAGUGGACGCCCAUCACUACCUGUGCAAGGAGGUGGCGCCAGCUUCAGUGGUGCACAACAUCAAUAACGGCUGCCACGGACCCAUCUGUACGGAGUACGCCAUCCACAAGCUGCGUCAGGAGGGCAACGAGGAGGGCACAUACAUCCUGCGCUGGAGCUGCACUGACUACCAGUACAUCAUUAUCACUGUGGUCUGCAAUGAGGAAGACCUCAAGGAGUCUCGUACUGUGCGACAGUAUAAAAACUUCCAGAUUGAAGUGGCUUCCGAAGGUUUCCGGCUGUACGGCACAGACACGCUGCGCCUCACUCUCAGGGAACUGCUGGAGCACCUGGAGGGCCAGAGCCUUCGAGCUGACAAUCUCCAGUUCCAGCUGCUCCACUGCUGCCCUCCACAGCCUAGAGAGGUUUCCAACCUGCUGGUGGUCACUAAAGAUAGACCAGCCCCUAAGACAAACACGCAGGAGAGCCAGCUCAGCUUCCAUCGCAUUCUGAAGGAGGAGAUUGAACAGGAGGAGCACCUCGGCCGUGGCACAAGAACUAACAUCUACUCGGGCACACUGAGGGUAAAGAGUGAGGAGGAGGAAGAUGCAGGUUACUCAUCCUUCCAGGAGGUCAAGGUGGUCCUCAAAGUGCUGGGUUCUGGACACAGAGACAUUUCCCUGGCCUUCUUUGAAACAGCAAGUAUGAUGCGUCAAGUGUCCCAUAAACACAUAGUGCUGCUCUAUGGAGUGUGUGUCCGCCAGCAGGAGAAUAUCAUGGUGGAGGAGUUUGUUCAACUAGGACCACUGGAUCUGUUUAUGAGGAGACAGCAGAGUCCACUCAGCACACCAUGGAAGUUCCAGGUGGCCAAGCAGCUGUCCUCAGCUCUUAGCUACUUGGAGGACAAAAAGUUGGUGCAUGGCUUUGUGUGUGCUAAGAACAUCCUGCUGGCCAGGGACGGACUGGGCACUGAUGAAGGAGGGCCCUUCAUCAAGCUCAGCGACCCAGGAAUACCAAUCACUGUUCUCACCAGAGAAGAGUGUGUGCAUCGUAUCCCGUGGAUUGCUCCAGAGUGUGUGUCGAGUGCGUCUUCCCUGAGCAUUGCAGCUGACAAGUGGGGCUUCGGUACCACCCUGUGGGAGAUCUGCUAUGAUGGAGAAGUCCCUCUCAAAGAAAAGAAGCUCACAGAGAAGGAGAGGUUUUAUGACACAGAGUGCCAAUUGGCCACCCCGGACUGCAGAGAGCUGGCUGAACUGAUGACCCACUGCAUGAACUACGACCCGAAGAAAAGACCUUUCUUCAGGGCUAUUGUCAGAGACAUAGACAUGCUAGAGGAGAAAAACCCAUCAAUCAUACCCAAGCCGACACCAGAGGUUGACCCAACAAUGUUUGAAAAGAGAUUUCUGAAAAAGAUCAGGGAUCUGGGAGAGGGCCACUUUGGUAAGGUGGAGCUGUGUCGCUAUGAUCCUCGGGGAGAUAAAACAGGUGAGCUGGUGGCCGUGAAGUCACUCAAGCCUGAGAACCGAGAAGAGCAGAGCAACAACCUCUCCACUGAGAUUGACAUCCUAAAGGCCCUCUACCAUGAAAACAUUGUCAAAUACAAGGGCAUCUGCCAGGAGGAAGGUGGUCAGGCUAUUAAGCUGAUCAUGGAGUACCUUCCACUGGGUAGUUUGAAGGAGUACCUGCCCAGGAACAAGAGCAAGAUCAGCCUGAGCACCCUGCUCAGCUAUUCUAUCCAGAUAUGCCAGGGAAUGGAAUAUCUGGGAUCUCGAAAUUACAUCCAUCGGGACCUGGCUGCCCGAAAUGUGCUCGUAGAGAACGAAAGGACGGUGAAGAUCGGCGAUUUCGGCCUCACCAAGAGCAUUAAAGACAACGAAGGCUAUUACACCGUCAAAGACGACCACGACAGCCCCGUUUUCUGGUAUGCUCCAGAGUGCCUGACUCUUUGUAAGUUCUACCUUGCAUCUGAUGUUUGGUCCUUCGGGGUAACGAUGUAUGAACUCAUCACCUACUGCGAGUCCUCCAAGAGCCCGAUGACGCUCUUCCUCCGUAUGAUCGGCCCAACCCAAGGUCAGAUGACCGUCAUCCGACUGGUGAAUGUGCUGGCAGAAGGAAAGAGGUUGCCACGCCCUGAUGGGUGUCUGGACCCUGUGUAUGACCUGAUGCGGAAGUGCUGGGAGCAAAACCAUGAGAGGAGAAUCACCUUUAAGCGUCUGAUCGAGGAUCUGACCAACCUGCAGCGACAGCUCCAACCACAAAACGACCUCUAACCCUUCAACUGUUUGAGGCUCUGUGAGUGAAGCUGCGUGCAGACUUGGGACCAGAUGCAGAUGGCAAAACUGUGCCGGAUCAGCAGCUUCAUUCUACCGAGAGACAGUCCUCACACAAAGCAAUGCUCCUUCAUACUUAGAUAUAAACUUUCCACAACCAUGGCAUAAAGAUCUAUAGUCAUAAUUUCCUAAGUCUACCAUAUUUUUAACAUUGUUAUUUGUUGUUGCUUUCAUAUAUGGCAUUCUAUUCUAAUAUUUCCCAAUCUGAUUAUUUUGGAUGAAUACAGUAAAUACUGUCAAAUGUUGUAGCCUGCUCAUGCUUAAUGUGAUCUUAUAUCUUACAAAAGGACUUCCAAGUGCAUCCAACUGACUGACUGUGAGAAACAUUGAACUCACAUGCAUUCAUCACUCUUACAGUGCUUCAAAGGCCUUAUAUUUUAUGAGGACUGAUAUUGUUAUUGCAGAAGGAAGCUUAAAAGAAGGAACUGUGUAAUGCUCACUUCCACACAUUUGAACGUUUGAUCUUGGACCGAUCUUGGAUCUCCGUCUUUGUGACAGAAAAUACUAAGUGGACCACAGAGAAAUCAUUGUUUAGGAUUGGAUGGACGGUGAGAAGAAAAAGGAACAUGGAUACUGAAGAUGUGGUUUUCAGCAUUUUUUGCCACUGCUUUUUGUUUCAGACAUAACUGUUUGAGGGAAAACCAGCCGACUGCUGUGUGUUUUUCUAACUAGGGAGCCAUGUAGUGAUCUGUGACCAAGCAGAUUUUUUGUUAAUGAUGUGCAAAUGAGAAUUAUCAUUAAAUCUGGGCCAACAAUCAGUCAGCAAUUUUCUUCCACUGCAUUGUUGACUUUGUUUAAAUUUGUAAUAAAUGCCUGACUUUCUCACAACAUAAAGCAGUGCUUGUUUAAACCUACAUUUGCACAUGAACAGAAAAUCUGUGUUGUUUUUGUUUUGUUUUGUUCCCUUUACGGGUUUUUGGCUCUCUAAUCAUGUUUCAUAUUUCAAAGAGGCAUCGUUGUCUUCAAAUCACCAGGAACAGAUAUAUGUUCCAAAAAGUUUUUUGUUUUUUUUAAAUCACAUAUUUUGCACUGUAUACAAAGAUUUAAAAAGGUACUGUGUUUGUGUGAGGUGGAUUAGUUUAUACUCUAUGAUUGAGUGUUUGGUUAUAAAAAGGAAGCUAUGUAAUCUGUCCUUGAACAUACAGCAAUUGUUCAAAAUGUAAAUUGAGGAGAGAUUAGAAGAAGUGCCUGUGAGACACACCAGAGGGCAGUAUAGUAACUUCAUUUAUCCUCUGCUCCACAAUUUUGUAGCCUGACAUUUAAGUUCAGGUCUGUAAGAGCCACAUACUCAAUCACUUGACUAUAUACUUUACAUUAUAUUGCAAGAGAAAGAGCCAAUUGCCAUUGUUGCAGAAUUGAUUGUGAAAGGAUUUUGGAUGACACACAGGGUUUGAAGUGAGAAUGGUUAAUCACAUCACUGAUUACAUGGCAUUGUUGUUUUUUUUGUUUAAUUCCUAAAAAUAUUUUAUUUCUUUUACAGAGUUCUUAAUACUUAUGUCUGUGUA